UCUUCUUUUUUAAACUCAAAGAUUAUCAAGAACGUAACGCCUUCUUAGCUCUCACUCUAAUUCCUUUGUCACUGAUUCCCCAGAGUAUAUUUCUCUCUUCCUCUCUCUCUCUCUCUUUUUUUUUAUCAUCCUUAAUUCCCUAGGGGUUUUAGCUUUUCGACUUUCUGGGUGACUCAAACACACAAUUUUAAGGGUUUGUAGGUGAUGUAGCGGUGGAGCUAGUAGCCUUAAGGGUUUGUAGGUGAUGUAGCGGUGGAGCUAGUAGUUAGCCUGUAGGAGGGUUCAGUCAAAUCCACUAGAUUUUUCUCAUAUAGUAUAUUUAUAUUGUUUAAAUCACUAAAUAAGUAAAAGUUUUAAAUUUAGAAUACUUAAAAAUCAUAGUUGCAAAAUUCAGAACCUAUAAAGUUUGAAAUUUUUUUGAAAAAUUCCAACUUGAGGUGAAGAACGUGCUUAGUAACCUCUCUUGUCGAUUUUCACUCGUUUAUAGGUUUAACAUUUAAUUCUAGGGUUUAAUUAAUAAUAUAUUUUUAAUUUUUGUGGUUAUGAAGGAUGGAUUAUGAAGUAGCAGAGCUAAAAUGGGAAAAGGGAGAGGUAGUGAUGCAUGGGUUAGGUCCUCCACGCGUGCCUUGUUAUUAUAAUCCUUUAUCGACUCCUUCUCCAACAAAAUACACGUGGGACGAUAAGCCACAUGCUGCUGCAGGUGGCACACUUGAAUCCGUCGUGAACCAAGCUACUAAUUAUAAUAUCGACAUCCGUGACGAGGGUGAUUUCGUGAGUUGGUUUGAUGAUUGUCUUCCUGAAACGGACAUAGAUAUUGUGGCCGUAGUUCCAACAAGUUGUACUAACUAUAAUCAACAAGUGCCCCCGUCCACACGUGUUGCAUCAUGCAGUGGUGAUGCAGAGAUGGCACGUGUGGGAACGGGAUCUAGCUUUGAGGAAAUAUCGGAAGACUUUGAGAAUGAAGAGGCUAACUUGAUCGGUUCAAUGGUAUACGAGGGGCAAAAUAACAAUAUGGUUGACCAGACUGUGAGCCCGGGAGAGACAAGUUUGGGUGAGGAAAGAGUACUUACCACAACAUCUACCUUUAAGCAUAAUAAAAGUAAGACACCGAAUAAUCAUGAUAGCAGAGGUCAGGAGUCGAGGGAUAAUGAGGAUGAGGAUGAAAAAAAAAGAUCCAACAUUUCUUCAUUUUCAACAAAAAGGUGCAGAGUUGCUGCUACUCACAACCAGUCUGAACGAAAAAGAAGAGACAAGAUAAACCAAAGGAUGAAGACAUUGCAGAAGUUAGUUCCAACAUCGAGUAAGACUGAUACGACAUCAAUGUUAGAUGAGGUGAUAGAAUAUUUGAAGCAACUACAAGCUCAAGUUAAAGCCAUGAGCAUGAUGAUUCAUGUUAACAUGCAGCCACCCCCUAUGAUGUUACCAAAUAUGGCAUUCCAACAACAACAACAACAAUUUCAAAUGUCAAUGAUGGGAAUGGCUAGACCCAUCGAUGUCAAUGCCCUUAGCAGCCCCAACAUAACAACAAUCCCUUCGAUUCUCCAUACCACCGCGCCCUCUAAUUUCAAUGACCCUCCUAUUGCCUCCCCUGGAGCUGAUCCUUCAGCUUCCUUGGUCGCAGCACGCCAAUUAUCACAGUCUACGACGAUGGAUGCUUAUAGCAGGAUGGCAGCAUUGUACCAGCAAUAUCUACAGUCAAAUGCAAAUUUUGGCUUUAAAAAUUGAUGUAUAGCACUGUUGUGGAGUUUGAAAACUUUUUUCCUUGAUCAAUUGCAAUAAGAUUGACCAUAGCCUAUUGACGGUUAAACUACUAAAUUUGGUGUUACGUUCCAAGAUACUUG